UGCGGCAGAGGACAGGAAGCGGCCGUUUAUUAUGCAGCAUGUGAGUCAGUCGAUCUCGCACAGGUUGGUGUGGGCGCAGGAUUUCUGUUAAGUGUGUAACACCAUAGAACAUUAGAACGUCGCCAGAACUUUAUUUAACGUUGGCAGCGCUUGUGCAGGCUUUAUUCAAACGGACAUCGCUGCACGUUGAAGAUUUGUUUGAUUGGGUUGUUACAUCCGUUCCAUGCCGUCCUUUGCUGGCCUAGAGCAUGUGCCAUAUAUAUCUGUAUGUGUAUUGUGUGUGUCACACAUGCAGUCGUGUAAUGAUACCAUGUGACACGGCACUGAGGAUUUCGCACGCUUGAAUGCGCACGGGGCCUGGGCACACGUGCACCCCAUCACCCCUCAGCUUUUUAAAGGGGCAAUGUGACACUCUCUGGGAACAUGUCUUUUUCUGUAACUCCCUGUCAGGGGAGUGGGUGGAGUUGAGACUGUGGGAAGGGCAGAGGGUCCUCUUUUUUUAUAACCUCUGAAUCGCUGGAACGCAAGUGUAAAAGAGAGAGGGGUGAGGAGAAUCGGGGAAGCCCAGCAGCUAGCCGCCGUCAUUUCGCUGGGUACGUGGAGUGUUGGUGAGGGCCGUUCGAAAGGGCCAAGAAGGAACUGAUGUGGAUAGAAGUGCAGGGAGUUCGCCGAGAGACGGGAAAAACAGAGGGCAACCGGAGGAGUGAGCAGAGGCAGCACCUCGGUGGGAAAUACCAUGUGACCAAACGCGUCAUGCGUACAGGAAGGACAGAAGAGGCUCAGCAGCGGACCCUUAUUCUGCAAGCGACGACUGGCUCCUGGGCCCACUGACCUGUGCAUCACCAGCCUGCAAGGUCAUUAAGCUUUGAAUCAGUAAGGCAAUCAAUCCUCUGGGCAGCGUUCAAGCACCCUUUCCAUUCCUUCCAAGUGGAAGCUUAAAAUUAAUAUUACAAAGGCAUAGUUUUAUAUGAUACAGAUUGUCGUACUACUCAAAUAUAUUAUCGAGAGCACCUUUUUGUUGGAUUAUCACCAGUGGGUUACAAGACAACAAAAGAAAAACAAACCUUGGACUUUUGAGACAGUUCUUCGGAGUCACACACCCACUGACUCUAAAGGCAGGAUCUGCCUACAGAUGUUGCUGAACUCGGUGUUAGUGGCGGUGACUGACCUGGCCGCCAGACUGCUGGGUAAUGCCACCUUCAGGCGCCAUUUCCACUUGCUGCUGUCGGGCCUGGUUGUAUUCGGACCAGCCCUGAGCUUGUGGGUCUCACAGUACAGCAUAUUUGCCAAGAAGAGUCAUUUCCUGUACAGGAUGUUCUUGCGCUCCGGCUGGGGCUGGACCUGCGUCUUCACCGGCUCCUUCGUCUUCUUGCUCUCCUUCUCCGUCCGCCGCUCCCUCGUCGUCUCCCUCCGCCACCUCUCCCGGCUGCUGGUGGCGGGCGUGCUGUGGGUCGGCUUCCGUCGCGUCAUGUCCGUGCUGGAGAAUGCCACGGGGAGCUGCUACGAGCCCCUGAGCGCCCCUCCGGAUGGGCACCCGACGCAGGGGGUGGCGGAGCCGGGGCAGCCGCUCCUGCUGCUGCGCGAGGGGGAGACCAAGGUCACCUGCCUCGGGGGCGGCAUGCUGUGGCGCGGGUACGAGGUCUCGGAGGAUGCCUUCUUGCUCUGCAUGUGCUGCCUGCUCCUGGCGGAGGAGACCGCGGUCUUCGGGCCCUACCUGACCCUGGGCGGGCCCUCAGGAGCCCCGCUGCGCCUCCUUUUCCUCUUCUGUGUCCUCCUGCUGGGCCUUUGGAUCUUCUUGCUUCUCUGCCUGCUGGCAUACUUUCCGCAAUUCCCCACUCAGCUGGUAGGGGGCGCCUUGGGCUGUUUGAGCUGGAGGGGGCUGUACCAGGGCUGGUACCGCAUGGGACCCAGCUGGUACUGUCCUGGGCGCCCUGGAGUGGGCCUACUGACCAGCCAGAGUCGCAAACAUGGACAUCAGUCAGAUCCAUACGGAGCAAACAAGGCGGAGUGGAAUUAAUGCAGAGAGAACAAAGAAAGGGAAGCAAGGAAUAGUCUGGACUAAAUGCUCUUCGUUUAGUGCAUGUGUGCUGCAAAGUGUGAUUACCAAAACAGGAAUGACAUGUUUGAAAAUACAUUUUAAAAGGAAUAUCUCUGACAUUCCUAAUCUUCAAACCCACGGUCUCUGUAUUUAUUGUAAUACGAUCCACUGCAGCCUAUAGCAAACAUAAAGGAUUCUAAAGUAGUCUGGCCUUUAGCAGAAAGCAUAUGUUCCCUGCUGUGGAUGUGAAACCAGAUGCAGACUGAGGGGAUGAGGCACGCAUUCCUGCAUUACCAGUGCUGAACAUACAGACCGAAAUUCACACCGUCGUGUAAGGUACUGACCAUAUAAAGUAAAUGGGAGCGACUGGGAAUGAAGAGUAGGCAGCCCUGUGUGAUACAUUACAGACAGCUCCCUCAGACAGAGUACUGGUCACCGUUAAUGGGGUCUAUACUGCCCCCCCCCCCCCUUUUACCAACAUUAGCAGUCAGGUUAGCCCUUGCUAGCCUGCUAUUAUUAGUGUCUUUGUUAGUAGUGGAAUGAGAAACAUGUCUGAAGGACACGGCGGAUGGUGCUGUGGUCUGACUUUGUUGCUGGGAAAGGGGCGGGGAAGUCCAGCUUGCCCAGGUCUUUGAGUUACUGGGCGCAGAGAGUGUUUCAUUAGUGCCGGUGCUCAGCCCUGGAUCGGAGCAGCCUUCCUUCGCCACCUCAAACACUAAACCCAAUACGAUUAAAAUUAAUUUGAGUUAAACUUGGAAUAAAAACAAAUUGAACUAUAGAAAUAUAUAUGAUCAUACAAUCAGUUGUGUUGGAUUUUUUUGACAUGCAUUCAUGUAAAUUACUACAUGUAGCAAAAAUGCAGCAUACAUGCGCUGAAAAAUCCACUUUUUGGUCACUAAAAUAGAAGUUUUCUUCAGAACCAUUAAGCUCAUCUAAUAGGGUUUUUCUUACAGAUAGACGUAACGAAGAGGUAUCGAUAGACAGUAUUGCAUUGUUACCUGUUUAAGUAAUUACUAGUACGUUAUCAUUAUUUAAAGACCGAUUUGUGUGUGACGACAUUCAAAGUCAGUGUCCUCUGUCUUUUCAAAGGUACCUGGAAUAUGUUGUGUUAGCUAUUGACGAUUUCUCUGUCUAACUAGUUUGUAAAAAAAAAAAAAGAUGAUUACAGCUGAAAAUAAUUAAGGA